ACGACGACCUAUAAAGGUUCAUUGACGCCUUUUCGACAACUUAGCAAGGAAGUAGUCUCGACUCUCGUCUUUUUAAAUUCCACUUCACUACUCACUCUGCUUUUACUACGAGCGAACGUUUCGUUCUUUUUCAUUCUCUUCUUCUGUCUCUCUUCCUCCAAGGCGCUGGUUUGUGUGAUCGGUUUAGGCUGUAAUGGCGACGCCCAGGGAGCACGUUGAGCAAAUCAGAAAAACAAAAUUUUCAAUCGGUGGAGAACCUAAUCCAGUAAUGGAAGAUCUUCACCAAGCAACGAAGCACCUCUCUGCUGAACUCUACGCUAAGGAUGUCCAUUUCUUGAUGGAACUGAUACAGAAUGCAGAAGACAAUGAGUACUUGGAGGGUGUGGAUCCUUCACUUGAGUUUGUAUUGACAUCUCGUGACAUAACGGGGACAGGGGCUCCUGCUACGUUGCUAAUAUUCAAUAAUGAGAGGGGUUUUUCAUCUAAAAAUAUUGAAUCCAUCUGCAGUGUCGGAAGGUCCACAAAGAAAGGCAACAGAAAACGUGGUUAUAUUGGCGAGAAAGGAAUUGGUUUUAAAAGUGUCUUUCUUAUCACUGCUCAGCCUUACAUUUUCAGUAAUGGCUAUCAAAUUCGGUUCUCUGAGAAUCCUUGCCAGCACUGUGGUCUAGGGUACAUAGUUCCAGAAUGGGUUGAGGAGAAUCCAUCUCUUUCUGACAUAAAAAAAGUGUAUGGUUCAGGUGCUGCCUUUCCAACCACAACAUUGAUUCUGCCUUUGAAGUCUGACAAGGUCAAACCCGUGAAGGAGCAGCUAUCAACGGUUCACCCUGAAGUUCUGUUGUUCCUUUCCAAAAUCAAGCGCCUUUUUGUCAGGGAAGAUAAUGAAGAUCCGAGGCUGAACACUGUAUGUGAAAUUGCAAUUACAAGUGAAACUGACUUUGUGAAGAGGAAGAGCAUUGGUGCAGAAUCCUACACCAUCCAUCUAUCUGCAGAGGAAAAUGGUGACAACUUGGAAAAAGAAUGUAGCUACUAUAUGUGGAAGCAGAAAUUUCCUGUCGAGGAAGGACUCAAAGUGGAAAGGAGAAUGGACGUGGAGGAGUGGGCGAUCACAUUGGCUUUCCCUAAUCAAGAGCGUCUCAAUAGGGGACUGAGCUCUGCAGGAGUCUAUGCAUUUCUCCCAACAGAGAUGGUUACGAACUUCCCUUUUAUAAUCCAAGCUGAUUUUCUUUUGGCGUCAUCAAGGGAGACAAUACUCUUGGAUGACAAAUGGAACCAAGGAAUUCUUGAGUGUGUUUCCUCUGCUUUUAUCAACGCAUUCACAUCACUGGUGAAAAUGACGGAAGAUGCUCCAAUAUCCAGUUUGCCUAGAAUGUUUGAGUUCUUGCCUGUAAAAAGCUCAUCCUAUUCGAAGUUGAAUGCCGUGAGGGAGUCAAUCAGGGCAAGGCUUGUUGAAGAAAGUAUUGUUCCAAGCGAAUCGUACACAAGACAGAAAUUCUUCCAUAAACCUACUGAAUUGGGUAGACUAAAGCCCGUUUUCUGGAAUAUUUUGGGGAAGGCACGGAAGCAAGGAGUAGGCCUGGAUAAUCUCUCAUCACAUGGAUGCUUUAUACUUAGUUCAUCGUUCGAUAAGGCAGAAUAUGAUGAAGUGCUCAGUUUCUUGGGUGUGAAGCCAGUCGACAAGGAAUGGUAUGCAAAGUGCAUACAGAGUUCUAAUCUUAUACUGGGUGUGUCAGAGGAUAUAUAUCUUGAGUUGCUCCAUUUUCUUGCUGAUAAUUGGUCUGAAUUUUCCUGCUCUGGCAUCAAGAAUAUCCCCCUUUUGAAGUAUGUGGGUCUUGAUGGGAACGUAUCAUUGUGCAGCAUUAGUGAAAACAUUCAAUCUGCACAGUGGAACAACGGGAGAAUGUUGUGCCUGUCACAACGGUAUUGUCAUGCAACCUGGCUGAUCGAUUCAAACAGGGAAUUUUCUUGUGGGGCCAACCGUUUCUUCAUGCCUAAUAGCUUCCAGGAAGCUCUCUUAAAGCGUGGUAAUGAGGAAGUGUUGGAUUGGCUUGUUAACCAGGUGAAGGUUGCUGUUGUCAGUGUGUGUAGUUAUGCCAAAGUCGCAGCUGAUCAUCUCCACAAUGAUCGAAAGAUUGUUGUUGCCUAUGUUCACUUUUUGUACCACUCGCGCCGUAAGGGUUACCUCUCAGCACAAGAGGUUACUGAUUUAUGUGGAACUAUGCCUCUUGUAAAUAACUAUGGGUCUGUGACCAAAAAGAGGAAUGGGGUUCUUGUCCCAGCUAAUGGAAGCAAAUGGGCGAAAUUUAUUGGCUUGAAUCCUUGGAGAGCAGAAGACUAUAUCGAGUUAGGAGAAGAUUACUUAUUUCGAAGCACUUUUGCAGGCGAGCACACUAAGUCAAGACAGCUCAUGCCGUUCCUAGAAACUUAUGUUGGAGCUUCUGAUAUUCCACUCAUAUCUCCUCCGAAUGCGGUGAUUCCCAUUGUUUCUUCACCACUUACCACAGAAAAUGCAUUCUUGCUGUUGGAUUGGAUUCAUAGUCUGAGAUAUCGAGGGACUUCCAUUCCAAAUAGGUUCUUGAAUUGCAUAAAAGAAGGAAGCUGGCUGAAAAUUCGAAUGAAUGGCUCUUCUGGUUACAAGCCUCCAUCAGAGUCAUUCCAACUUGCCGUGUCAUUGGGGAGUGUUUUGCAGAAUGGAUCAGUAUUCGUUGAUAUUCCAUUGCUUGAUGAGAGUUUUUAUGGUGAUGAAAUUUAUCGGUACAAAGAGGAACUAAGAACAAUUGGGGUUAAGUUUGAGUAUGGAGAAGCAUGCCAGUUCAUCGGGAAGCGUCUUAUGUCCUUAGCAGCUUCUUCUAGCUUAACUAGAAGCAAUGUGCUUUCCAUACUUAGAUUUAUCAGACUUCUGAGAGGAUAUUCUCUUCCGCCAGAUGAAUUUAUCAAAAGCAUUAAAGAAGGAAGAUGGCUGCGAACAUCUCAGGGUGACAGAUCACCAGUUGGCUCUGUUUUGCGUUGUAAGGAAUGGGAAACUGCAUCACAAAUUAGCAGCCUCCCAUUCAUUGAUCGAGAUUACUAUGGUGGGGAAAUCAUUGAUUUCACAGUGGAGCUCCAGUCGCUUGGUGUCAUAGUUGGCUUUAACCAAAAUUACCAGCUUCUUGUUGACUGCUUGAAAUCAUCUCCUUUCUUAGUUUCUCUGGGUCCUGAUGCUGCUCUUUUGAUUCUCCAAUGCAUUCGGCAUUCAAGUUCACCGGGGAAGGUUAUUCAAGCCCUUAAAGAUACAAAAUGCUUGAAGACUGAUCUUGGAUACAAGCGUCCGGAUGAAUGUUUCUUGAUAGAUACUGAAUGGGGUUCCCUUCUAGCGGUUUUCAGUGGUUUUCCAGUCAUUGAUUAUCGGUUUUAUGGAAGCCAAAUCUUAUCGUACAAAGUCGAGCUGAAACAAAUUGGCGCAGUGGUGGAAUUUGAAGAUGCAGCCAAGGCAUUUGCCCGCUAUUUCAGGCAGCAAGCAUCGACGUCUUCCAUUUCAAAAGAAAAUGCUUUGUCAUUCCUGUCGUGUUACAGGCAAUUAAAUGAAACUUCUCAUAAACUUCCGUCAGAUUUGAAGAACUGCAUCCGUGAUGUAAAGUGGUUGAAAACUCAGUUUGGCUUUCGGACUCCAGGGGAUUGCAUUCUAUAUUGUUCUGGCUGGGGAUCAAUUUCUCCCAUUGCUCGGCUUCCUUUUAUUGAUAGCAAAUAUUACGGUAAGGAAAUCUAUGAAUUUAAGAAAGAGCUGGAGAAAAUGCGAGUGAUUGUUGAAGUUAAGGAUGGUUUGGAGUUUGUGUUUGAUGGUCUAAGGUUUCCUCAGGAUCCUUGCUUCAUAACUCGAGUAAACGUGUGCUCGUUAUUGGAAUGCAUUCGCAUGUUCUUACAGGAAAAGAAUAAGUCCUUACCGGAGGCUCUUCUGAAAAAUGUUUCUAAAAAAUGGUUAAAGACCUAUGCUGGAUAUAGGAUGCCUAAAGAGUGCUUAUUGUUUGAUUCUGAGUGGGCUAAACAUUUGAGGUUGGCAGAUGGACCAUUUAUUGAUGUAGAUUUCUAUGGUUCUGAUAUUGUGUCCUACAGAAGGGAGCUCAGUGCAAUAGGAGUUACCGUUGGAGUGGAAGAAGGAUGCCAAUUGCUUGCCGGCCACCUUGGUAUUCAUUCUGAAUUUUCAACCAUUGUUCGAAUAUAUAAUUUCUUGAGAGGAUGCAAAUGGGAACCUGAUGCCGACGCUGCCAGAAGAAUUUGGGUUCCAGAUGGGACUGAGAGUGGGGAGUGGGUUAGUCCUGGAGAAUGUGUCCUACAUGACAAGCAUGGUCUCUUUGAAGGGAAGUUGAAUGUUCUGGAGAAACAUUAUGGCCCAGAAUUACUGCUCUUCUUCGCCAAAACAUUCAACGUAAAAUCAAAUCCGUCUGUUGAUGAUUAUUGCGAACUCUGGAAGGACUGGGAAAGUUCGGGACAACAAUUGUCACAUGCUGAGUGUUGUGCAUUCUGGGGUUGUGUUGUGAAACACAGAAAUGCCAAGACAGAGGAAACUCUUGUUGAUAGUUUGUCAAAGCUGCCUGCUAUUUCAGGCUCGGAUGGAGCCAUACUAGUUGACAAACGUGACAUUUUCAUUGCAGAUGAUCUUCAGCUGAAAGAUCUUUUCCAAGAUAACUCUCCUCAGCCAAUUUUUGUUUGGUAUCCUCAGCCAAGUUUGCCUUCUUUGCCCCGGACAAAAUUGUUUGAAGUAUACAGGAAAAUCGGGGUUCGCACACUCUCUGAAGCUGUACAGAAGGAAGAAUUAUCAUUAGUGAAUGACAUCAUACUGAAGCCGGUGAAUCCGGCUGAUACUUUGAUCAAGAGAGGCCUGAUCAAGGUCAUUCUUGGCUUUCUGGCGGCUCCUCCUUUGAACAUGGAAGCAGAUGAGAGGCAUGCAGCUGUCCAGUGCCUCCUCGAUCUCUCAGUAGUGGAGUGCGAGGAACAGGUUACUGUGAGCUAUAGUGUAUCACUGUCUUCAGGAGAUGUUGUAAAUGUGAAAGCCAGGCGAAUGAUUCGGUGGGAUUGGGAGAGUUCAAUGCUUCUUAUGCAGAAGAUGGAGAAGAACAAUGGACAGAAAAAUCUCAUUGAGUAUGCUACAAAUUUCUCUAAUGUCAUAUCCGAGGCACUGUUAUGGGAUAAAGAAGAUCAUAUCAGUGCACUAUCUGAGUUGAUCAAGUUGGCCUUCCUGCUUGAUUUUAACGAAGAAGCAAUGGACUUCCUUAUGAAGUCGAAGAAUCUGCAGAUUUUCAUGGAGGAUGUUGAGUUCCUAGGUUCUGCCUUUCCUUCUGACUGAGAUGCUACUAUUGUGUGGAGACUGGAUGUGUGCUAUAGCCUAGAUAUGCAACAGUUGAUCUGUUAGUAUCUUGGAAUGAUAUAUAUAUAUAUAUAUAUAUAUAUA